AUGCCACCCAAAGUACAACGUGCCAAGAAGGUUCUCAAAACCCUGUCUCAACCCAGCUCCAGCUCCACUAGCAUUGUCAAUUCGCAGUCUAUUCUAUCUGAGUCAGCGAAUUUCGAAAAUAUGUCGGCAAUGGAGCUUAUAAAAAAUAUUAUGGAGCUUAAUAGAGAUCCAGCCAUUGAGAACAUGCUCAUCGCCCUUGCAGAGAAAAUACCUAAGGAGUUUACGGAUUUCCUUGAGAGCGAUAAGCGUGAACGCAGUAUAGUAAUUGCGGAUCGAAAGGAGCGUCGAGGUGGUGGAGUAUGUUGUCUGGUUAGGGGCAACCUUUGUGUUCAUCGUGUUGAACAAGUCAACCCAAUCAAAGCCGACGUUCUCUGCCUGGAAAUUUUCAGUCCUCCUAAGGCCACUCAUUUCCGGUUCACCGUAGUGUAUCGUCCCCCGAACUCUACAAGGCGUGAAGACGAUGGUCUUGUUGAUGUUCUUCGUGAGAUGGUUUCCGCUCAGGUCAACUCUAUAAUUGUGGGCGAUUUAAAUCUACAGGUUGACUGGAAAAACCUACGGGCAGAUAACGCUUCCUCAGCUGCCUUUCUGGAUUUCUUCCAAGAAAGUGGUCUCGAACAACACGUCCUCCAACCAACGCAUGGCAGCAACACCCUUGACUUGGUAUUGUCCACUUCGCACAGCAUACAAAACGUGUCACUUCUUCCUCCUCUUGCAAAUUCCGACCAUGCCUCCGUUCGCUUCGAGUUACUGGAGGGGUUCAGUGAUGCUGCACUCCUCCCUACUCCUGAUUUUCUAAAAGUGAACUAUGACCGCCUAAAUGAGUAUCUUUCGAAUGUUGAUUGGCUUGGUCUAUUCAACAACUACGUUUCCAUGGACGACAUUUAUCGGAGAUUCUGCAAGACCGUCUACAAGGCGUUGACCUUAUUCGUUCCACUGAACGAACCUUCAAAGGCUCAAGCACUUAGGUAA